AUGAAUUAAAAUAAAUUUUAAUCUGAUUCUGGAGGCACAAAAACAAAAGUUUCUGAAGAAGAAAACUUUCUGCUUGUCAUGAAUUAAGUCUUAGAUAGACACAAAUCAAUAGCUGCAAAGAAUAAUGAAAGUUAACUUCUUUAGAAUGCUCUUAAAGCUUUACAAUAAGAAUUAAAUGAAGCAGAAUCUAAGAAUCCUGGAUCAGCAAAAUAAAUAUUAGAUUCUAUUUUCAAUAAUUGA